AUGGACAAGUCUGAAGUCAGCAAGAUAGGGCCAGACGUCGCCACCAAGUUUAUCUCUCUCGACCGAACAACAUUUGACUCUGCUAUCAACGAGUACUUUGACGACAAUUGCACUCAAACCUCUCGUCUCCUCACUCUCCGAGGCGUGUCGAGGAUCAAGAAGCUUGCGCAGCUUGAAGCUUUUCCCGCCACUGCCUCUUACCUAAUUGAAGAACCCCAUUAUGACGUAGAUGACGAAACCAUCUCUUUUGCGUACGAACGCAUCUAUAUACCCGCCGUUCCCUCCUUCCUCCCCUUUUCGGCUUUUCUGAACGCUUAUCUUUCCAACAUCAAGUUCAACUCCAUCUGGGAUUCUCGAAUUCAUUUGAACGUCGCCGAGAAUGAUGACGGUGAGACCAAGCUUUACGUUACCAAGGUGGGGCCGACCGAAAGGCGAGGGACUUAUUGGUUUGAAAACAUCCUCCCGUUUUUCAUCAUCAGCCCCCUAUUGAGUUUCUUCCUGUCCCUCGCUUUCGACAUCACCAGCAUCUUGUCCCGUCACCCCAUCGCCGAGGAAGGCCCCUUCGGUGCAGCCUACUCUACCAUUGCCGAAUUCAUCGGGCAGGAAGGCUCUGUGGAUACUGAAAUAGGGUACAAGAACCAUGUAGUUUGGCCUGUUCGAGCCAUCGGCGUAAUCAUCCGACUCAUUGGCAACUCUAUCACUUCCUCGCUCUCCUUCAUCCACUCCACCCUCCACCUCGACAACACCAACCCCAUCAUCCAACUGGUAUCCUCCAUCCUCGGCUACUCGCUCGCCAUUCUCUCCGUCCUCUACUCGAACGCCCAGCACUUUGUGUAUACGCUCUUUGGCGUCGCAGAGGGCGAGGCAGAAAAAUGGGGCAUGGCGGCGGGAGAGUACAAGGCUUUGGGGGAGAGGUAUGUGGGCCAGACGUAUGGGGUCAUUGAUGAGGGGCUUUCGAAUGCAAAGAAGGUUGUCAGAAAGCAUGCUCAAGAACCGAGCCGCAACUUACCUGCAGCCAAGAGCCCAUUCAAAGACCGAUCUUGGCCACCUCAGCACAGCUCGCAAGAACCCGGUGCGCCUAGCUAUGUGACCGUGGCCAAGGAAGGCAUUGACAUAAGCCCUUCGCCUCAACAUGCUCACAACUCUCGAGAGCCCGGAGCUCCGAGCUAUGCCGCUGCUACCAAGGAGUGA